AUGAGUAGUAUAUCUGUGAGUGUGAAUGGACAAUGCCAAGUUCCCCCUGGCUUCAGAUUUCAACCAACGGAAGAGGAGCUCUUGCUGUAUUACCUGAGGAAGAGGGUUUCAUGUGAGAAGAUCGAUCUGGACGUAAUUCGUGAUAUUGAUCUCACUAAGCUUGAGCCAUGGGACAUUCAAGCAGAAAAAUGCAAAAUAGGAAGCCUACCUCAAAAUGACUGGUACUUGUUUAGCCACAAGGACAAGAAGUAUCCCAGUGGGACGCGAACAAAUCGGGCAACCAUUGCUGGGUUUUGGAAGGCCACAGGGCGUGAUAAGGUGAUAUACAGCAACGGUAGGCCAAUUGGGUUGAGGAAAACUCUUGUGUUCUACAAUGGCAGAGCUCCACAUGGAGAAAGAUCUGAUUGGCUCAUGUACGAAUAUAACCAUAUUGUCUCCAACGCUAUGGGAGGGGCAGCAACAGAGGAAGAGGGAUGGGUGGUGUGUCACAUAUUCAUCAAGAAAAAGAAGAACUUGAAAACCUUAAACAGCCCUAGCAAUUCUUCCUUCAACUACAUGGGAAUUAAUACAGGUCAUAUGUUGGAUUCCUACUAUGAUGAAGGAUCUUUGGAGCAAAUGUUUCAGCAAGUGGAAAGGAAUUGUAAAGAAGAGGAUAAGGCAGAGGUGGUCAAAUACAAUACUAAACCCUUAAUAUACACCAGCAACCAGGUGAUUGGCGCCCCUGAUCCCAAGUCCUUGCAUCAAAUUGUCUCAGGGCUCACCAGUUGGGCAGCCUUCGAUCGCCUAAUUGCUUCCCAGCUCAAUGGCCACACAGCUUAG